AUGGAUAUUGUGGAGUUGAUUAUCUCAGAUCCACAUCACAAACAUGUUGAGGAAGACCAGGCUUACUUGAGAAAUAUUUUUUUGAAUUUAGUCAUGAAGGAAUAUUCAAUUAGAGAGAAGUUUCAAACGCGAAGUAAAAGGUCAAGUAAGAAAACGUAUAUGUUGUUUUGCAAAUCAAGAAAAUGCGAGUUUUUAAUGCGUGCAUCAGGAACGGGAGAAACUGGAAUGUUUAGGAUAAGAGAAUUCAGACCUCAACAUACAUGCCCGGUGAAGGACAAGAUCUAUCUAAAGGUGCAUGCUACUAGUAUGUUGAUAGGUGGUAUUGUUAAACAAAAAUUCAAGAACCACAAAAGAAAAUACAGUGCAACAGAAAUUAGAAAUGAUAUGAAGGAAGAUUUUGGUAUGGAUCUGACAUGCACUUUAUGUUGGAGGGCGAAAGAAAGAGCGUUAGAAGAGUUGAGGGGUAAGCCAUCAGCAUCUUAUGGGAAACUGCCAUCAUACUUAUAUGUACUGAAUACUACCUAUCUAGAGGCACAUAUAAGAAUGAAGAAGACAGAUGAGAAUGAGUUCUUGUAUGUAUUUAUCGCUCUAAAUGCAUUCAUUAAGGGAUUCGAUCAUUAUAGGCCGAUCGUAGUUGUUGAUGCUAGUCAUCUGAGAGGAAUGUAUACUGGGGAAUUUGUAACAGCAUGUACAAUGGUGGAGCAGAAUCUAAAGAAAGCGUACGGGGAAAGACAAAACAUGUGUGUUGUUUCUGAUAGGAAUUCAAGCAUCAUAAAGGCUGUUAGCGAUGUGUACAACGAUAUUGCACAUUAUGCAUGUAUGUGGCAUCUAUGGGGGAAUGUUAAAAAACUUUACAGAAAGUCACAUGAUGCAUUGUCGGAGAUAUUUUAUGUAAUGGCCAAAUCAUAUUCAAAGUCAGAUUUUCAAAUAUUAAUGGAAAAAGUUGAGAUAGUUGAUAUUAGGGUGAAGAAUUAUUUGGAAUUGGUUGGUUACGAAAAGUGGGCUAGGUCCUAUGCAACAGUUAACCGAGGGUGA